GUUUCUCAUACGCACCCUUGUCCAGCUCAGUGUGGAUUAUCAGUGGUGCCCAUGCAGCUUUAGAACACCUCCACACAGCCCCUCAGCUGUGGGAGGAGGUAAGAAAGACUCUCUGGCUCCCUCCGCCUGCUGAAGAAGCGCCUGGAUUCACCAAGCGUCUCAGAAUUAAGCCUAAACUGGUAAUUGAGCUGUAAAGCAGAGGAAGGCUAAGUUUGCUUGGAACGACUUCUGAAUUUUUCAAAGACAUGUGAGGACGGUCUAUUGGUCUUUGGACAAGUCCACCGGCCGAUGCAACACAAUAUCAAACCACUUGUCAGGAGGAAUCCAAUUGGCCUUCAGUUGGGACACUUCCACCGGGGGAAUCCAAGAAAAGAAAACCAUCCCACUGCACUGAUUCAGUGUCGCCGCAGCAGCACCAGAGCAGAGAGCUGCAAAUGUUCCUUUUUCAACACGAAUGACUGAAGAGAAACCAAGGAGCAGUUUUCAUUGGUGACGAGGGCUCAUCUUCUUGACAUAUAUAUUUUUUACAAAGUUCAUUCGUUCAUCGCUCCAGAGAACGAAGUGGCCCUGUGAACUUCAGGAAGCCAUAAUGAAAUGGGAGAAGUUGAAGCCUCCGGAGCCAGAUGAUCCCAUGUGCUGCUGCGAGUGUGAUAUCUACCAGUACGGAUGCUGCUGUGACUGUGAAGACCUGGACGAGGCCUUUAACAGGUGGCUGAGACACAAACCCCCUCACGGCGGAUGUCACUCUCUUGUUCUCGGGGCUCUGAUUGACAACCUGGAGAUCUCCAUGAUCCCGGCCCUGAUGCUGCUGCCUCUGCUGCUCCGGGCCGCAGCGCUGCACUACCUGCUGGGCAUCAUCAUCCUGACAGCUCUGCCCAGCCUGGUCCUCUGGUACUACUACGCCACGCACCGCAAGAGGAGACGCACCCUCUUCUUCCUCACUCUGGCGCUGUUCUCUCUGGCCUACAUGUAUUACCUCUUCAUCACAGAGAUUCUACCGCGUGGGGACAUCAGCCAUCUGCAGCUGUGCACUGUGACUGCCGGCAUGAUCCUCACCAUCGGAUCUCUCAUUCACACCAAGAGAGGCCCAGGGUUUCACAGCACCUCCUAUCACAGCCAGAGUGAGGAGGUCAACAAGGACUCUACACAUCUAAAUGGAUCCGUCCAAUCAGGGGUCUCCUCCUCCUCUCCUCCUGCCCUGACAGAAAAGUGGAGCAGAUGCUCUGUGUGCAAAACAAUGCGACCCCCGCGAGCCGGACACUGUCGAACCUGUGGAUCCUGCGUCAAGCGUCUGGACCACCACUGUGUCUGGAUAAACAGCUGUGUCGGACAGGCAAACCACCGCAGUUUCCUGCUGACCCUCUUGGUGUUCGUGCUGACCUCUCUGUACGGGAUCAGUUUGGUGCUUUGCAGCAUCUGUCCUGGUCAGUAUGUCAUGACGGCUCUCUUCUACUGCCCCGGUGUCUACAGCCAGUCCAGCUCAGCCCUUUGCUUCACGUGUGCGUGGUACAGCAGCAUUGUAACAGCUGGACUGCUUUACCUGCUAGUGGUGCAGGUUCUAAAUAUCAGCUUCAACGUGACGGAGCGGGAGGCUCAGCUGGCUCUGAGGAACAAAACGGGCCAGAGCCGCCUGUGGGGACUCGUCAUCCACACAGGAGAGUAUUCUCGGGGCUUCUGUCAGAACUGGGUUGAGUUCCUCACCAUGACAGAUGCUUCAAUGGCGGGUAAGUGGUACCUCAUUGGAUUUGCCACCAAUGCCCAGUGGUUUACCGCCCGCAGGGCCAGCAUGAAGAUGGGCACGGCCGUUUUCACCCCUACCGCCGAUGGGGACCUGGACAUGUCCUACGCCAGUCUCACCUCUGAUGGCUCUUGUUGGAGAAUGAGCGGCCUGGCGAAAAAGACUGACAUGCCUGGAAGGUUCAAAUACACCAGUGAGAGCUGGGAGAACGACAACGACAUGCGCAUGGUCGAUGUCAAGUACGACGAGUACGCUCUGACUCACACCAUCAAGACCAAAGGAAGCGAUAUCACCAUUGUCAACAAACUAUAUGGUCGUGGAGUUCACCUCAGCCCAGACCUGCUGGAGAAGUUCAGGCAGUUCUCCUUGGAGACCGGCAUCCUGCCCGGGAACGUUGCUUUCCUGCCAACAAAUGGGGAGUGCCCAUCUGCUUAGUUCUCUGCCUCGGUCAUCGCCCGUCAGCGAUGCUGAAGACGCUAACCUUUGUUGUGAAUACUACAAUCAAUCAAAGUUUUUCCAGUUGAUUUGAUUUGCCCUUUGAAAUGUUGUAUUAAGAAGUGUGUAAAC